AUGAGUCACCUGCAAGACAUUCUGCGUCUGCAAAUGUUACAACAGAGAGGAUCAAAGAAUGAAGAUCAAGAUCAACCAGAAGAUGUUCAAGAAGAAGAACAACAAUCACAGAAGAGACUAAUUGGUCAAUAUCAGCAUGUUCAAGAACCACCAAACUAUGGACCAUUAAAUGGCAAGAUGUUGAAUACCCACAUAGCAAAAUCCUCCAGGAAAAGUUGUUACUCAAUGUCUUCUUCUUCUUCUUCACAUUUGGCAUCUGAACAAGCGGAAAUCAACAAUGCGAGAUAUGGGAAGAUUGUAAAAGUUCAUGGAGGCCACAUUGUCCGAUCCACUGCAAGAAAAGAAAGGCACAGCAAGGUGUACACUUCCAAAGGUCCUAGAGACCGGAGGUUCCGGCUGUCAGCUCCGACUGCUAUACAGUUCUAUGAUGUCCAAGACCGCCUUGGCUACGACCGGCCAAGUAAGGCCAUUGAUUGGCUCAUUGAGAAGGCCAAGGCAGCAAUUGAGGCUCUCUCUGAGCCUGAACUACCUGGAAAAGCGUAUGACUGUACUAAUGUCAGCAACUCUGCUCAACAGACAGAGCAAGACAUUGGAGAAGAGAGUAUGCGUCAGUUUCAGCAUCACCAGAGAAGCUAUGGUGGUGAACCAGAAAAACUGAACAAUGUGAACAGUUUUAAAGAACCAGUUCUUGAUCACCACCAGUUAAGUUCAAUGAACUAUGCUGAAGAAGCCCUCAAUUCUGCCUCAAGUUUAACAGAUUCCAAAAUGGAGGUGGCUUGGUUUCAAAGUUUGAUGGCUUGGAAUUAUAAUGCAGGUGAUGGAGGAGAAGGCUGUCCUUUCAAUUCAUCCCAUGUAUAUCUGCAAUAG